AUGACCGACCACGUGGUUCCAUUAUUCAUCAACGGCGAAGAAUACCGCCUUGAGAAUACCUUCGACGUGUUCUCUCCUGACACAGGAAAGUUGCUGCACAAAUGUAGCAUCGCGACCAAGGGCGAAGCCAUUGCCGCCGUCGACGCGGCCGCCAAAGCGUUUCCGAAAUGGCGGAACACUACGCCGGGGCAGCGCCGUGAUAUCCUCUUGAAGGCGGCCCAGGUCAUGACUGACAGACAACAGGAGCUUUCUCAGUACAUGAAGGACGAAGUAGGCGCAGCUGAUGCAUGGGCCGAUUUCAACCUAAACAACACGAUUGAUAUCUUCAAGGAUGUCGCCGGGCGAAUUAGUGCCUUGAAUGGUACGGUUCCUGCGUUGUCGGACCCCAGUCGUGGGGCUAUGAUCGUAAAGGAACCAUUUGGCGUUGUACUGGGUAUCGCGCCGUGGAAUGCACCGUAUAUUCUUGGCACGCGCGCGAUACUGUACCCCAUUGCGGCAGGUAACACGGUGGUAUUGAAGGGGUCUGAGCUCUCGCCGCGUGUUUUCUGGGGAAUUGCCUCAGUAUUGCAUGAUGCUGGCUUGCCGGAGGGUGUUUUGAACUUCAUUGCGACGGACCCUGCGCAUGCGGCCGAAGUCACCAGUACUCUAAUCGCGCAUCCACAAGUCAAGAAAAUCAACUUCACAGGAAGUACUGCUGUUGGUAAAAUCAUCUCCAAGCUCGCUGGCGAGCACCUUAAGCCAGUUUUGCUGGAACUCGGGGGCAUGGCACCUGCAAUCGUUUGGAAGGAUGCCAACUUGGAUAUCGCCGCUGAGCAAUGUGUGCUUGGGUCUUUCCUGUUCGCUGGACAGAUUUGUAUGAGCACCGAGAGAAUUGUUGUCCACAAGCAGGUUAGUGAGGAGUUCCAGAAGAAGUUUGCGGGCAUGAUUGAGGCAAUCUUUCCGUCGAAGCAGGAUGCACCGAUCCUGGUCAAUGCAAACGCUGCGGAAAAAGUCAGAAAGCUGCUCAAGGACGCUGUGAGCAAGGGCGGAUCGGUCAUCGCCGGGGACAUUGAUGCAGAAGAAGCGUCGAAAACGAGGAUGCGGCCCAUUGUCAUCGGCAAAGUGACGCCCGAGAUGGACAUUUACAAGACAGAAUCGUUCGGCCCGUCUGUCAGUCUUAUCGAGGUCGAGACAGAGCAAGAGGCGCUUCGAAUAGCCAACGAUACUGAAUAUGGUCUGGCCUCGGCAGUGUUCACUGAAGACUUGCGGACUGGGCUGCGAUUCGCCAAAGGCAUUGAGAGUGGUGCUGUACACAUCAACAACAUGACGGUACACGAUGAGUCUGCUUUGCCGCACGGAGGUGUCAAGGCUAGCGGAUAUGGCCGUUUUAACAGCUCAGCCGGUCUGGAGGAGUGGACGAGAACCAAGACGAUUACGUGGAGGGCAUGA